AAUGUCGCAGAUAGCCAAUUUAGCGAUAAUUGGGACCGUCUAGCCCAAGCUAUUCGAGAAAUUCACAGAAAAAAUGCGUCGAUCCUAAGUUUCGAAGAGCUUUACCGCAAUGCCUAUAACAUGGUCCUUCAUAAAAAUGGUGAUAAGCUGUACAACGGCGUGAGGGAGGUUAUCACUCAACACUUAGAAGAAGUGGCUAAGGAACAAACUCAUCUUUUGGACGUUCUUUUGAAUCAAAUCCUUCUUGAACGUGAAAACGAGAUCAUCGAUCGUUCUAAUAUUAAAGCAUCGAUGGAUAUGUUACUCGAGUUAACUGAUACAAGCACAAAAGAUACAGUUUAUGCAACUGAUUUUGAAGGGCGGUUUUUAGAGACGAGUUCUGAAUACUAUCGAGUUGAAGGUCAAAUGCUUGUAGGCGAAUGUGAUGCACCAGAAUAUAUGAAAAAA